AUGUUUUCUCCAGCGAAUAGAGUCAGCCGUGCCUUUUUAUCCCACAAAAAUCGGCUUUUAAGAUCGAUCCCAUCAAGCAGAGCCGUUACUACAGAUGCUGCGAGUGCACAUGCAGAAGCUGUUCCACAGGAAGACGAUAAGCCAUUUAAAAUCAUUCUUUCUGAUGAAAGUUUCGAAACUUACGAACUAGAUCCACCUUCUUAUAAGCUGGACACGACCAAAAAUGAAUUAAAGCAAAUGUAUUAUGAUAUGGUUUCCACUAGACGUCUGGAGAUGGGUGCCGAUAGACUAUAUAAGGAAAAAAAGAUAAGAGGCUUCUGCCAUUUAUCAACCGGACAAGAGGCCGUAGCAGUCGGAAUCAAACACGCCUUAAGUAAUGAGGACGACAUUAUUACAGCUUACCGAUGUCACGGAUUUGCUCUCAUGCGCGGAGCUAGCGUCAAGAGCAUUAUUGGAGAACUUCUAGGAAGACGUGAUGGAAUUGCGUACGGAAAGGGUGGAUCUAUGCACAUGUUCGCAAAAGGUUUUUAUGGCGGCAACGGUAUUGUUGGCGCUCAGGUGCCUGUCGGAGCAGGGCUAGCAUUCGCGCACAAGUACAACGACAAGAAAAAUUGUACAGUAGCGCUAUAUGGUGACGGUGCUAGUAAUCAAGGCCAAGUAUUUGAGGCGUUCAAUAUGGCAAAGCUCUGGAACCUUCCUGUAUUAUUUGGAUGCGAGAACAAUAAAUAUGGCAUGGGAACUUCCAUUAAUCGAUCCUCCGCCACUACAGACUUCUACAAGCGUGGACAAUAUAUCCCAGGUCUGAAGGUUAACGGUAUGGAUGUACUUGCCGUCAAAGCUGCUGUCGCAUACGGGAAGGCAUGGGCCGCAGCAGGAAAUGGGCCACUUGUCUACGAAUACGUCACUUACCGUUACGGAGGCCACUCAAUGUCAGAUCCAGGAACCACCUAUCGAACUCGAGAGGAGAUUCAACGCAUGCGCUCUACGCAAGAUCCGAUUGCCGGACUGAAGCACAAGCUACUAGAGUGGAGCGUUCUCUCGGAAUCGGAGUUGAAAGAAAUCGACCAACUUGCCAGAUCUAACGUAGACAAAGAGGUGGCUGAAGCAGAGGCAAUGGAAGUUCCCGACGCCGUGCCAAAUAUAUUAUUCGAAGACAUCUAUGUGAGAGGAAGCGAACCUCUAUUUAUGAGAGGCAGAACACCUGACGAAAAUCACUACUAUUAA